UCUCUUUGGAAAUGUCCAAAUUACAAAAAUAUGUCGUCGCAAUUUUAUAUUUAUUUGAAUGUUCAAUUUUGUUUUAAACAUAAUAUGUUGCUAAUUUAGAAUACGUUAAAUAAAAAAUACAUGGCAGAAAAACAAAUGUAAUAUUACCAUCGUGCACUAUGAUGUUACUUUUAUCUUAAAUUUUGUAACUUGUAUGGCCAAUGUAUUGUGUUGACAAGUUCAGCAAAUUAUUUUUUGACAUAUUUUAUAGGAUAAUCUUGGACUAUGAUAAAAAAAUAAUAACAUGGAAAUGACUGAAGAGGGGUAUGACGGUGAGCAAUCAUUAUCGGCAUGGGAUAUGCCUGGGCCGUCAUCAAUAGCUGCUAUACUUGGUUCUAUAUACAAUAAUUCUUCUUCUGAUAAUCCACCAAGAAUUGAGGAAAUGGAGUGUGAUCCAUUGUUUGCUGAAAGUGAUGAUGAUGUAGAAGUAUUGCCAGCGCCUACAGAAGAAACCACAGAAAGAAAUGCUCCAACACCAAAGAAUGCAAUAUCAUCCAAUUACAUAAACUCCACAACACCAACACAACCAUUUGAAGUGAAUGUGGCACCACUAUCAGCACACACACCAGUCCCUGAGGAGUACCAGCCUCUGCCUGACAGUUCAAGUUCAAUUGAAUACUCCAUUGGCAGAAGUAAUCCUGAUGGCACUAAUCCUAGCAGAACAUUCAAUGAUGUAAAUAUACGCUAUCAACCUAAACCAGCAUACCAGCUUGGCACCUUCUGUUACCGCAAUGGGAACAAUCCAAGAGAAUACAUAGUAGGCCCUUACGGACAUAUGAACAUGAACAUGAUUGUACUUAGUGAGGAAAGAAAUUACUUAUCUCAGCAACCCAUAAAUUACACACUUUCUGCUCACCGACCGCCUCUUCAAGAAACCAAUUUUCCAAAUGCAGGCUAUACAUCACUACAGCCAAGUGCAGGUCAUUCAUUUAGCAACUUUCCAGAUGAGGUGAACCAAGCUGAAAGUCAGGCACAGAGCUUAGAACGACCGAGUCGUAAAUUUAAUGUAUCACCUAGAAGUAAACAAUCAAAAGAGAGUCAAGCUAGUCCAAAUUUAAUAGAACUAAGUUCUGAUGAAGAAGACAGCCCAUCAACACCUAGUAAAAAGCAGUGUGAUAGUGUAGGUAGACCUUCCGAUAUGAACAGAGAUGCAAGGCCAAGCAAUAGUCGCCAUUUAUGUAGUGCUCCUGAUGUAAAUGAAAGGGUCAGUGUUAAGACAGAACCUCAGGACCAGUCAGAAGUAUCAACACAAACCGUUCAAGACACUGAAAGGGUUGAAGUACAACCUGAAGAGCCAGUUUCAGCUCAUAGACAACAUCACCAAGUGCUUAAUCCCCCUCCAAUUAAAGAGCAAACUCAACCUGUCAACUACCAACCUCGGCCAGGCUGUGCUUGUAAAAAGAAACACACAAGUUUUUUCCCCAAUGCAUCAGACAGUUUGAAUCCCAAUUAUUUUAGUUACUAUAAUGGAGCCCAUCACCAUCACCACCACCACCACCAUCGAACCACACCUUGUGCUCACAGUAGUAAUAUACCAUCUGGAUCUUCAAAUCCUAGUACUUCAAAUAUUAAAGUAGAGCCUAUUUCUCAGCCGGUUGUAAAAGUUGAAGCUAACUCUCCUAGGCUUUCAGAUAAUACACAGCAAUCAUCUGGUGUAGGAACUGUUAAGGUUGAACCAACUGGGCAGGUUCCUAUAAAAUCUGAGCCCGUGUCCAACACUUCAAUACCAAGGCCAUGGAAUAGAACAAUUAGUGCUAGUAAUAGUACUGUGACUGUAAAGUUAGAGGAUUCGGAAAGUCGGCGAUGUUGCGAUGGCGCCGGAGACAGGAGGAUCAAAGAUCCGUCACCCCAGCCGGGGACAAGCUCAGCCAGACAUACACAACCUGAACAUAUCCCUACAGCACAAACUAACAACAAUCAGGAAAACAAGCCUUGUAGGGCAGAACCACUGUCCGGCAGUGGUGGCCAUGUGUUGUCAGCACCAGAUCUGCAACUAGACUGGGUGUCAGACUCCAGCUCUGAUGAUGAUGUGCAAGUAUUGACUGAGGAGCCCAAUUCCCGGGAAGUAAUAGACCUGACGAGUUCCCCGGGGCGUACGGGCCAGUCCCCCGAAGGCGGGCCCCCGCAGGUCUCUACGGGCGCCGUGCGGUCGCCGCGGCCCCUGUUCGAAUCUGUGCCGCACCGCGACCCGCCGCUCUACCACACGCCUCCCGUACCGUCGCAUCCACACUUGUUGCAUCGGACAAGGGUGCGCUGCAUGGUGACCUGCCGCGGCUGCUGCUGCCCGUCGCACGGCGCGCACGGCCACGGCCACAUGCACGCGCACAGCCACGGCGCGCUGCCGCCGCGCGCGCCCUACGCGCACGCGCCGCACACCACGCACAACCCGCCGCCUGCCGCGCACCUAGGAGAGCCCCUGAGCCGCGCGCCGCCUUACCUCGUGCACGAGCGGCUGUGGCAGCGACAACAACACAUGCUUGAGGUUCAGCGCCGCAACAUGAUGGGCGACAUGACUCCGGCCCUAACACACUUCCCGCCUCACAUACCGGCCAGGCCCGCACCAGUUAUGCUUGCAUUCCCCGAUGAGCACAUAGAUCGAGAUCUAUUGCCGCCACCCAUUAUGCUCGACGGUCAACACAUCCACCACCACAUGCACCACUACCUGCAGAUGCAGCCGCCGCAUCUGCACAUCUCCAUACAACCCUCGGUCAUGGGCUCUGGCGCGCUGGCGACGCAGAUGGCGGCGCUGGUGCGCGUGGCGGAGGCGGAGCGCCGCAGCGCGCGAGGCGCGUCGCGCGCCGUCAUCGAGCGCAACACGUACCGCCACGCGUACGCGCGCCCCGCGCCGCACCACCAGGACGAGAAAUGCACCAUCUGCCUCUCCAUCUUCGAGGUCGACUCCGACUGCAGACGCCUGCCGUGCAUGCACCUAUUCCACAUGGAGUGCGUGGACCAGUGGCUCAGCACCAACAAGCACUGCCCCAUUUGCCGCGUCGACAUCGAGACGCACCUCAACAAAGACGCUACCUUCUGAACAAUUUCUCCUCGAGAUGCGGCGCGUUGAGAAUGGCCUGCUGCUGAAGCUCCAAGCUCUCUUGCUGCAGCUCGUGAGUUAAUUGCUUCUGAGCGUUGCACGCCCUGAAAAACAAGUUUCACUUGUACGGAUAGAUAGAUAAACUCAUUAUUGGACACACUCAAACAGAAACAACAUGUAAUGCAUAAUACAUUUUGAGAUCCCAUUUGCCAUUUUAGCUCUAUUCAUGUUAAAAGUACGAUUUUAGUCCUUAAUUUAAAGGUGAAUCAUACUUCUUACAUGAAACUUGACACAGAGCUAAAAUGGCUAGGGAAGUCUCAAAGUGUAUGCACUAUACCUAUCUAUACCUAUAAGAGAUAGUUGCUAAAGCAAUCUCUUACAGACAACAUGGAUGUUUGGGUCUUUGCGAAUUAAUAUUAUGUGGACGUAAGUAUACCGUGCGAUAGGAGCUGACGUAAAAAUAGUACAAUAGUACGAUGUUUAUAAAUAAAAUAUUUAUUUUAAUAUAUUAAUUUUUAUAGAUUUUUCCUUGGUUUUGCUCGACUGAUAUUCGAGCUGUUAUAUAUUUUGGUAUUAGUGGAUAAAACAGAAUUAACUAACAUCCACUACAGACGAAUCUAGUCUCAUUGAGAGUUCCAUAUUUUUAUUUGAAUAGAAAUCGAUUCAUCUCAAUUCGUCGCGACGAUUUGCGCAGUUCCUUAGUAAAUAAAUGGAGUUAAAUUAAUGCGUCUCGUUUCGGGGAUCCAACGGACGCUUCGCUUUAGUCUUAUUAUAUUAUGCUUACGACUGUAAAAGGAUCUCAAUCGCUCAGGUUUUUAUGUGUUACUCGCACAAAGAAUUAAAUCAGACUAAUUUUAUUUAUACAACUUGAAAACGACAAAGGUUUUUCUUUUUCUUGAGGUAGAGCAAUAAAUGUAUCCUGUUAUUUAUUUCGAUGAAUGUUAGAGACCUUUUCAAACAGUUUUUAUAAGUUAUUAGGUUGGUACAUUUGACAGGCUGCGUGAGUGCAGUGCUGCGUGGAUGGUUGUCUUAGGCUGAGAUCUAUAGAAGCACACUUUGACUUUGCUGAGACCUGACAUAGUUUAAAAGAGACAGCGUUAUACCGCUGGCAUAAAUCUGUCUCGUUUUAACUGAAACUUAAGUCCAAACCAAGUCAAAGUGUGGUCUAUAGAUUUUAACUUUAGUGACUGAUGUAAGAGGGUAGGUAUUCCGGUAUGAUGCAGGGUCUAUGAUAAACUAGCAUACUCUUACCAUUCUAAGGUCUCUAUAUGAAUUAUUAUUACAUUUAUUGUGAAAAUCUUCAUGCAAAAAAAAAUCAAUGCAAAUCUUAGUGACUAGCUGCCCUGUUCUGGCUUUAUUCUUGUGGGAUUUCUGAAAAUCCUUGAGGGUAGAGAAAGUUUACAUGCAAUAUCACAAGUUUCUAAAUCCAAUGGUUGAGCUGUAUAUUGGUGUCAGACAAUCUGUUUAUAUAUUAAGUAUAGACUAAUAUAUUCGAACUUAAUAGCAUAAAUAAUUUAAAUUGUAAAGAUGGUGUGUAUGUGAAUGUCAGCUCUUGUCACGCAAACUGUACAUAAUAAAUGAGUUAUGUUAAAAAUAGUGUAAGUAGGAUAAGAAUUAAAUCAAUUUGGUUAGACUUAAAAAAAUUGCAAGACUUUUAAUGCAAAAUGUUUCAAAAUUCAUAAUCAUGAAAUUGCAGUAUAUCUUUUUGAACUGUGUCUAAUAUGCAAUCUAUGUACAUAAUCCUAUAUGUAACAUAAAUAAAUAUAUUAUCUCU